GCGGCGGCGCCGGGACGCGGCCGGAGCGCAGCCGGCAGAAGGCGGUGUGGGGAGCGCGGUAACGGAGACGGAGCGCGGCCGGCAGCGGGAGGAGCGGCGAGGGAAGGAGAGAGCGGAAAAACGGGAAAUAAACGUAAAAGAAGCGAGCUGCGUUUCUUCCGAACGGCAGAAAAAGGCUAUUUCACGACCGGCUCCCUGUCCCCUCGGUCGGCUGCGAUGCUGCUAGCCACCGUGUUGCCCUGGACGUUGGUUUUGCUUGGAACCGCAGCUUCUCUACAAGUGGACAUUGUUCCAAGCCAGGGAGAGAUCAGCGUUGGAGAAUCAAAGUUCUUCUUAUGCCAAGUGGCAGGGGAGGCCAAAUACAAAGACAUUUCCUGGUUUUCCCCUAAUGGUGAGAAGCUGACGCCGAACCAACAGCGCAUCUCAGUGGUGCGAAACGAUGACUUCUCCUCCACCCUCACCAUCUACAACGCCAACAUUGAUGAUGCUGGCAUCUAUAAAUGCGUUGUCAGUAGCAUGGAGGAGGGAGACUCCGAGGCCACCGUCAAUGUGAAAAUUUUCCAAAAACUGAUGUUCAAGAAUGCUCCCACUCCUCAGGAAUUCAAGGAAGGGGAUGAUGCUGUGAUUGUGUGUGAUGUGGUCAGCUCGCUGCCUCCUACCAUCAUCUGGAAGCACAAAGGCAGGGAUGUUAUCCUAAAAAAAGAUGUUCGAUUUAUAGUCCUGUCCAACAACUACCUGCAGAUCCGGGGAAUCAAGAAAACAGAUGAAGGGACAUACCGCUGUGAGGGCCGGAUCCUGGCUCGUGGAGAGAUCAACUUCAAAGAUAUUCAGGUCAUCGUAAAUGUACCUCCUUCUGUGCGUGCCAGGCAGAGCACUAUGAAUGCCACUGCCAACCUCAGCCAGUCUGUCACCUUAGCAUGUGAUGCCGAUGGCUUUCCUGAGCCAACAAUGACGUGGACAAAGGAUGGAGAGCCAAUAGAAGAGGCUGAUGAUGAAGAGAAAUACAGUUUUAAUUAUGAUGGGUCUGAGCUCAUCAUCAAGAAGGUGGAUAAGAGCGAUGAAGCGGAAUACAUCUGCAUUGCUGAGAACAAGGCUGGCGAGCAAGAUGCCACCAUUCAUCUCAAAGUCUUUGCAAAACCCAAAAUCACUUAUGUGGAGAAUAAAACAGCCAUGGAGCUGGAGGAUCAGAUUACACUGACGUGUGAGGCAUCUGGGGACCCAAUCCCUUCUAUCACUUGGAGAACUUCCACCCGGAACAUCAGCAAUGAAGAGAAGACCCUGGAUGGGCGCAUCAUAGUACGUAGCCAUGCCCGAGUGUCAUCCCUGACUCUCAAAGACAUUCAGUACACAGAUGCCGGAGAAUAUGUAUGUACAGCCAGCAACACCAUCGGGCAGGACUCCCAGGCCAUGUAUCUUGAAGUGCAGUAUGCCCCCAAGCUUCAGGGUCCUGUGGCUGUCUAUACCUGGGAAGGGAAUCAAGUGAACAUCACCUGUGAGGUAUUUGCUUACCCCAGUGCUGUCAUCUCCUGGUUCCGGGAUGGACAGCUGCUUCCCAGCUCAAACUACAGCAACAUCAAGAUCUACAACACUCCAUCAGCAAGCUAUCUGGAGGUGACACCAGACUCUGAAAAUGACUUUGGGAACUAUAACUGCACUGCUGUGAACCGCAUUGGCCAGGAGUCCUCAGAGUUCAUUCUUGUGCAGGCAGAUACUCCGUCCUCUCCUUCCAUUGACAGAGUGGAGCCGUAUUCCAGUACUGCCCAGGUGGAGUUUGAUGAGCCUGAAGCUACUGGUGGGGUGCCCAUCCUCAAGUACAAAGCAGAGUGGAGGGCACUGGGCGAGGGAGAAUGGCAUUCAAGGCUGUAUGAUGCAAAAGAAGCAAAUGUGGAGGGCAUGAUCACUAUCACUGGCCUGAAACCUGAAACAACCUACUCCGUGAGACUGUCUGCUGUCAAUGGCAAGGGCGUGGGUGAGAUCAGCCUGCCAUCCGACUUCAAGACACAACCAGUUCAAGGGGAACCCAGUGCACCCAAACUCGAAGGUCAGAUGGGAGAAGAUGGAAACUCCAUUAAAGUGAAUGUUAUCAAGCAAGAUGAUGGUGGCUCCCCUAUUAGACAUUAUCUGAUCAAAUACAAAGCUAAGCAUUCCUCAGAAUGGAAACCAGAGAUCAGACUUCCAUCUGGCAGUGACCACGUCAUGCUCAAGUCCCUGGACUGGAAUGCGGAGUAUGAGGUUUAUGUGAUAGCAGAAAACCAGCAAGGGAAGUCCAAACCGGCUCACUAUGCUUUCCGAACUUCUGCUCAGCCUACUGUCAUCCCAGCCAGCACUAGCCCAACAUCAGGCCUUGGGACUGCUGCCAUUGUAGGAAUUCUCAUUGUUAUCUUUGUGCUGCUCCUGGUGGCUGUGGAUGUCACCUGCUACUUCCUGAACAAGUGUGGCCUGCUGAUGUGCAUUGCUGUCAACUUGUGUGGCAAAUCCGGCCCAGGAGCAAAGGGCAAAGACAUGGAGGAGGGCAAAGCUGCCUUCUCGAAAGAUGAGUCCAAGGAGCCAAUUGUGGAGGUCCGGACUGAAGAGGAGCGGACCCCCAACCACGAUGGGGGAAAACACACAGAGCCCAAUGAGACCACCCCACUCACGGAGCCAGAGAAAAUCCCAGUAGAAGACAAAUCCGAAGUGCAAGCAACGGAAACCAAGACACCUCCAGCAGAAGUCAAGACGGUCCCCAAUGAAGCCACACAAACAAAUGAAAACGAGAGCAAAGCAUGAUCCAGCGCCAGAUGAAAGCAAACGACAGAGCGACUUCACCCAAGCAUUUAAAACCCAGAACACAACACACAUCUCAUUCCUCUAGUGUCUGUUGCCUUUUUUUACAAGAAACAAAACAGAAAAUGCAUAAAUGGGGGGAGGGGGGAAUCUCUCUUUUUUUUUCUUUUAUUUUCUCUCUUUUUUUGUGUUUUUUUCCUUAAGAUUUCCAGAAAGGUUCUAUUUGUUGUGCACUUGCUUUUAAAAAGUAAUACAUAAAAACAGGGUUAAACCCGUAACCAAAUCAGGGCUCCGCUGACCCUGUGUAUAGUCAAAGGAGUCAAAUGGCAAAUCCCGUUUGCAGCGUGGUUGGGAAGCUCAAAAGGAACUAGUCCUAGACAAAAAAAAAAGGAAAAAAAAGAGAAAAAAAGACAAAAAAAAGGACAAAAAGACAAAAAAAAGACCCUGUUCUUUCCUUGGUUAGUAUAGCAGAUAUAAACCACUGUGCCCCUCGGUGCAGCUGGUGCUUAAUGAACAAAGUCCACAAUUUAUUUUUAUACUUUUCAGUCGAGUUUGAAAUAUGUAAAGCCUCAUAAAUAAGUUAUGAUUUCCGUUCACCUUGUAUCUGUUCAGUAAGCAAAGUGUCUCAAGCUCUUUGUGACUGAAUUCUGUUCUCCACGUUCGACAUUUCUUUGGGGGUUAUUAUCAGUUGUUAGGAAGAAUGCCAAAAUUACAGCUUCGGGGGGGGAUAUAUUUCAAUUUGCAGUAUUCAGACUCUACAUUUCUUUAAAUUUUAUGUUAAUUUUUGCCAAUUUUUGGUUUUUCCAGUGUUUACAAUUGACGAUUUUAUUUUUUUUUUGAACUUUUGUUGUGUUUAUGUGUAAAAUAGCUGCCUUUUUUUGGUUUAUUUUAAAGAAAAUACGGUCUAUAGACACUAGGUUAGCAGCAUGCUUGCUUUGCUAAGGGAGACAUUUUAAAACAUGGAUGUUUACAGUAGUUGUUUCCCCUUUAUCUUUUCUUAAUUAUUGUUGUCGUUGUUAUUAUUAUGAUUAUUAUUAUUAU